AUGGAUUCGACCGUUUCCUCCCAGGGUCAGCCAAGUAAGCGUUUAGCUUGCAACCGAUGUCACCAGCAGAAACUACGCUGUCAUCGAAAUUUGCUCCCUGGGCGACCAUGUGCUCGUUGUGAGAAUGCAGGCACAGAAUGCAGAUUUGAGCCGCCCUUGCGUCCGGGUAGACCUAGUUCGCGAUGCAAAGUACAGGGUCUGCAAAAAUCUGCAAAAGACACCGAAACGGUAAUUGCAAACAGCGAUCAACUCAACUAUGCUUCGAGGCAUCACACCCCUUCUGUUGGGCGACAGGAUAUAGACGUGGACUUGGAAGGCUUGGGGGAUUCAACUAGAUGCGAUAACGCGGAAACCGCAGGUUCGUUCUUACCAUUGACCUUCGCCGCAGGCUACGUUUCAUGCAUUCUGACGCCAGCAGCGAUCGAUUCUAUGAAUCUUUUGUACGGCUCUCCAUAUCCUGAUCCAGAUGGCUCAACCGAUCCAGCUCUACUCUUUGUCGAUUUACCUACAAAUCACGACUGGAUGCAACUACCUAUAUCAGAGCCAACUAUUCAUCAAGUCGAACCACACUCCGUGCCUCAAGCCAGCCUGCAGCCUACGCCUCCAUCUUCCGGCCCCUCAAGGGCAUUGCCAUCCCCGCCUCAGCCCACUACAGCAGCGACUGGUUGCGCAAUAUAUCGUCUGGUGGAGCUCACCAAGACACUUUAUGAGUGCUAUUCAGCUCUACUACAUCAAUCACCGAAUAAUACAGGGUCUGCCAGGAGUACAUAUUUUGAGCAAGGAGGAGACCCGGCGCUCGUCGAUCCGACGUCCCGAAUCGACAAAAUCUUUUCCCUGACCCAGUCAUUAGCCGAGACUCUUAAUGGCAUUAUUAAUCAUUGUCCCUACACCAGAGCCACAGAUUUAUCGGCGGCAAAUCCUCCAGGGCCAGACACACCAACGAUCCUCAUGACACUCUCAUGUUAUGUCCGACUUUUGCACAUCUACAACUCGCUUUUCAGGUCCGCUAAAACGUCGAAGAUUCUCCAAACUCAUCCAGGCAGCCAGUCCGCGUCCACUUCUUCUGAGUCAAUUCAAAACCCCGUUCACUUCCAAAUGGGAAGUUUUUCUACAUCCGGCGCACCAUCAAUUUCUCUUUUAGCUUGCCUGAGUGCCCAUCUCCUAGAAAAUCUCGAAACAGCCCUCAGCAAUUUGGCAUCUUAUGCAGCACAUUCGUCAAAAGACCGAGGGGCACAAUGGGAGAUGGAAAGUGGACCAGCAGCAAGUGUCGCCAUUCUUGCAAAGGCAGCUGUUUCAGAGGCGCGAUCAGCGCAAUUGGAUCUACGACAGCAGUUACAGGCUGUGAGUAGUAUAGCAUUGGUUUCGCCUCCCGUUUCACACUGGGGUUGA